AUCAGAAUCGUCGAUCGAUUGGGCAAUCCUUUUACUUCAACCAACACUUUCACUCUUCUUUGUUCUGUGAAUCAUAUGCAGAAUGCAGCUGCGAAACUGCAGUGUCACCAGAGGCGAUAUAGUGUGGGCUAGGGUUCAAUUUCCCCACCAAAUUUGGCCCGCUCUGGUUCUCACUACUGACUCUCUCGGCGUCUGCGUCUCCUUCUUCAACCACAAGCUCCCUCCCAAGUAUGUCAUCGAAUCUGAAGUCGCCCCCUUCGAGGAAUGCUUCAGGUGGAUAAUGGGUCAUCGAAAGGGGCUUAAAAAAUGCAAGACCUUCUAUGGGUUGCUUGAUUCUGCGUUAAAAUUGAUGGGUCAGAGGGUUUUUUCGAGUCUGAAAUGCCGGUGUCUAAUGAAGACCCUGAGGGACUAUGAUGGGAGAGAAAGAUAUGAAGGAACAAAAUCGAAUGCUUGUUUUGAGCCAGUUGGGGUUUUGGGUUUUGUUUUGAGUGUUGCUGUUAUGCCAUGGAUUGAUGAACUGGAUUUUGCUGAUGCUGUUAGAGCUGUAGCCCAGGUUCAGGCUUUUCGUGGCUAUUGUUCAAUGGAGCAGAAAAGGGUUUACGGAAAAACUCAAGGAGGAGGCAAUGAAGUGAAGCUACUUCGAUGUUCAUCGUCGGAUGUCGAAAAGCAAGAACUUGUUCAUGAAUCAGAUGCUUUGGAACCCCGGCAUGAAUGUCAGAUACCAUCCAAAGAGGUGGAAAAAACCUUGACUAUGAGUUCUAUAAGGAUAUUGAACUCAAAAAUCUCUGUGGUGAAAGAAAAUGUCAAACCCUUGCAUAAGAAUCAACUUAAGAUUAUUCCGCAGACUCACACUAGAAAUAGGAAGGCUGAAGUUUUACCUGAGAUAUCACUCCACUUGCGUUCUCCUAACUUUGAUCCAUUUUACACGAUGAGAGAAAGCUUACGACCUGUAAAGCUGAGGCUGUUGAGCAUUAACUACAUUUCAGAGCAGAAGAUUGCUGAUGCCUGCUUCAGAGACUGCUCUAAGUUGAGUGCAGCCUUAAGUGGAAGAAAAGACACUGCAAUUGAGCUUCAUCACACGUUGCCUACCAUCAAAACUGCUUGCCUGGCCAAGAAAAGGAAGCGACUCAAUCAUCAUGUUCCAUAUUAUUGUUCUUUCAAGCUUCAGAAACCUUCAUCCCUUUCCUCAACAAAUGAAGAAUUUUCAUCUUUGAAGAUGAUUGUAUCAGGAAACAACAAAGAUGAUUCAGAUGUUUUCGUUUUACCAUCUGCCUUAGCUGAUUGUUUCCCUAGUUUUAGAAUGGAGAUGGAUUCAUAUCUCGCUUCCACUUUACAGCAUCCUAUAAAGCUUUCUGAUCUGACAUACCCUUUCAUAUAG